AUGACGUGGGUUCCGCACCAGCUUCGCGAGGCACCGUCCAAAAUCACAGCGGCUGCUCCCUUCUCGUCGCAACUGGUUCGACAUGCUGCCCCGGAUCGCGCGACGCGGUCUGUCUGGUGGGGCGCCGACGGCGACGACUUCGCCAACCUCAGCCGCGGCUACCCGAGUCUCUUCGCGCCCCCCGCUCCCGGGUCGCUGGGCAGGCCGGCUACCGCAACGAAACCCAUAAGCCGUCCCUCCUUGCCUAACCUCACCUCCGACCGGAUCAGGGUCCCUUGGGGCUUUGGGACCAGUCCAUCCGCUUCAGAUUUCGGCCACGUGGUUUUGCCAACCCUAGGUGCCGGAAGUUCAGAUCCCGGCCUCUCCCCCGCCCCGUCGCCGAGUUCUGUGCCGGGAGACGCCCGAUCGAAGAAGCCGGUUCAUCGGGCGCCGACAAUGAUGGAGAAUUGCCGCACGAUCUCACCGAAGUUUCGUCUCAGAUGGAGUCUAGGCUCGGAUUCGAUCUCGAUUGGGCUUGAAGCUGCUGUUGAAUCUCAGUAUUAUAUGGCUUUUGGGUGGGCGGAUCCGAAGCUGCCGUCGGUUUCGAUGAUCGGAGCGGAUGUCACUGUUGCUGGAUUCACCGAAGAAGCUAUUCCAUUUGCUGAGGAUUAUUACAUUACUAAUUAUAGUGAGUGUCUAUUGAACAAAGAUGGAAAUGUGGAAGGGGUCUGUCCUGAUAGAACCUAUCAAGGAUUGGAUGCUAACGGAUUGGUGAAUAAUUCCAGAUUGGUUUAUGGUCUCCGGAGAGAUGGGGUUUCGUUCGUUCGAUUUGAUCGCCUGUUGAAUUCAACCGAUAACAAAUAUGAUAUCUAUGUUGAUAGAACAGCAAAUAUGACCGUGAUUUGGGCGAUGGGGCUUAUUCGUCCGCCGGAUGCUCUAAGGCCUUACUACUUGCCGCAGAAUCAUGGAGGUCCAAAGUUUAGUUCUUUUGGGUACUUCGCUUUCAAUGUAUCUGAAGUGUUUGAUGACUGUCUUGGUCCGUUGGAUUCGGAAUACAAAGAGGAUCGGGGGCUAAUCGUUAGUGAUGGUAAGACGCCGGUCGUCGUGACUUCAGGACCAGCUUUGCACUACCCAAACCCUCCAAACCCGUCUAAAGUUCUGUAUAUAAACAAAAAGGAGGCGCCUUUGCUUAGAGUUGAGAGGGGAGUUCCUGUCACUUUCUCUAUUCAAGCUGGCCAUGACAUUGCUUUCUAUAUUACAUCCGAUCCAAUUGGAGGAAAUGCGACUUCUCGAAAUUCAUCAGAGAUUGUUUAUGCUGGUGGGUCACAUGCUCAUGGUGUUCAGGCGAGCCCGAUGGACUUGGUUUGGUCACCAGAUAGAAAUACACCAGAUCAAGUUUACUAUCACUCUGUGUUUGAGCAGAAGAUGGGUUGGAAAAUUGAUGUGGUUGAUGGCGGUCUUUCUGAUAUGUAUAAUAACAGUGUUUAUUUGGAUGAUCAACAGGUUUCGCUGUUCUGGACUUUGUCUCCAGACUCAAAUUCUAUUUCUGUUGCUGCUCGAGGUGAGAAGAAGAGUGGGUAUGUAGCAAUUGGGUUCGGUGGUGAAAUGGUCAAUAGUUUUGCUUAUGUGGGUUGGGUUGAUAGUAAUGGAGUAGGGAGGGUGAGUACUUAUUGGAUCGAUGGAAGGGAUGCAAUGAGUGUGCAUCCAACAAAAGAGAAUCUAACUUAUGUCAGAUGUAAGUCGGAGAAUGGGAUAAUUACAUUUGAGUUCACUCGCCCUUUGAACCCUAGUUGUAAUGGAAGGGUGGAAUGUAAGAAUAUUAUUGAUUCUACAACUCCUAUGAAGGUUGUUUGGGCAAUGGGAGCAAAGUGGUCAGAUGAAAAUUUGAGCGAAAGAAAUAUGCAUUCAGUUACUAGCAGUAAGCCUGUUCGAGUUCUUUGGCUUCGAGGAUCUGCAGAGGCUGACCAGGACCUGAGGCCAGUUCUUGCAGUUCAUGGAUUUAUGAUGUUUGUGGCUUGGGGAAUCUUGCUUCCUGGGGGAAUUAUGGCAGCAAGGUAUUUGAAGCAUGUGAAAGGUGAUGGUUGGUACCAAAUUCAUGUUUAUUUGCAGUAUUCUGGAAUUUCUAUAGUAUUGCUCGGCGUUCUCUUUGCUGCCGCUGAGCUCAGAGGCUUUUUUGUUACUUCUGUUCAUGUCAAAUUUGGUUUGGCUGCUAUUAUAUUGGCUUGUGUGCAACCAGUGAAUGCGUAUUUGAGGCCUAAAAAGCCGGUUAAUGGGGAGGUUGCUUCUACAAGGAGGAUACUUUGGGAGUAUUUUCAUGUUAUCACUGGAAGGAGUGCUAUAAUAGUUGGAAUUGUAGCUCUUUUUACUGGAAUGAAACAUUUGGGACACAGAUACGGUAGUGAGAAUGUUGACGGGCUUACUUGGGCCUUAAUAUUAUGGGUUUUGUUUGGCUUGCUUUUGGCUAUGUACUUGGAGUACUUGGAGUGGAAGCAAAGGAGGAGAGAUGGGAAUUCUUUCAGAGGCAAUUGGGUGCUGGGGAAUGGUGAGGAGGAUGACUCUGUCGAUCUAUUGCAUCCAAACAGAACAGUUAUUGAUUCAGAGUCAAAUUCAAAUGGAAGGAUGGAAGUCCAGCUUGAACCUCUGAACAGAUGAGAAACAUCUUAUUAAUACAUCUUGGUAACAUCUCAUUAUGUGCUUCACAGUGGUGGCUAUUCCGAUUUAUAGAGGGGAAUUGGACCGAUACUUGUCUGAUUUGAUGAGCACAUAUUUGUUGUACGAGGUAUUUUUUUCCUCGUCACAUGGUGCACCUAGAAAAUGAUUCGUAUAGUUAUCAGGCCCAUUGGUAGACGCACCUGAUACAUUGUUUGUAUACAUGUACAAUUUUGGCAUACUGAGGAUAUCAACAUUUAUUUGUUGUGAGUUCGCUGCUCGUCUCAGCUCUUAUUAGCUUUUGCGUUACGAGGACUGAAUUUCUGUGUUUGGUGAUGAUGGUUUUCAUGCACAGCAUUAUUUUCUUCAACACGGAGGAAAGGUAUUUCUUUUAUCUGCUUUGUGGAACCUUUAUGUGUCUGCCUGUGAUGUUAAAUUGGGCAUUUUAUUUAUUUAUUUUUACCAGAAAGUUUGUUUUUCUCCUAAAUGUUACAUGUUUGUAUUGUCUGAAUGCUAUUGUUUUUGCUUGUUAAACAUUCAAGCAUUAUGCUUCUAAGGA